UGAUAUAGGCUGCAAUCCUACCCACACCUACCUCUGGAACAUGGAGCAAGGGAAUCGAUCUUCUGUUCCUGAAUUCAUCCUGCAGGGACUCUUCAACCAACCAGGAUAUGAAGACAUCAUCUUCUCCAUUCUCCUCUUCAUGUAUCUGUUGAGUCUCCUGGGCAACCUGCUGAUCGUUCUUCUGAUCCAUUGCGAUGCCCAUCUCCUCCGCACGCCCAUGUAUUUCUUCCUCAGCCACCUCUCUCUGGCCGAUGUGGGUUUUGCAUCCUCCAUUGUCCCCGUAACGCUACGCAACCUGGUUUCCCAGGACAAGAUAAUCUCCUAUGGCGGCUGCUUGUCCCAGAUGUACUUCUUUUUGGCUUUUGGCAACACUGACAAUUUUCUUCUUGCCGCCAUGGCCUAUGACCGCUACUUGGCUAUCUGCCGUCCACUGCGCUACGCAGCUUUGAUGAACAGAAAGCGUUGCCUCUGGAUGGUCACUGGAUGUUGGCUCCUGGCCUUUCUACAUUCCAUGAUGUAUUCGUUAAUGCUUUCCCGUCUUUCCUUUUGUGCAUCCCAGGAGGUUCCCUAUUUUUUUUGCGACCUCUAUCCACUCUUAGGACUCUCAUGCUCAGACACCACUGCCAUAAAGAUGGUGGCAAUGACAGAGGGUAUGUUAGAUAUUCUGGGACCCUUUAUACUCAUUGUGUUCUCCUAUGCCCGUAUCUUCGUGACUGUAAUGAAGGUCCCCUCUUCAAGCAGCAAACGCAAGGCCUUCUCCACCUGUGGUUCUCACCUGACUGCAGUUAUCUUAUUCUACGGCACUCUCUGCUGGGUUUAUUUGCUGCCAGCUUCUGAGAACAACGCAUUGGCUUCUCUCAUGUAUACUGUGGUUUCCCCAACGCUAAACCCCUUCAUCUACAGUCUGAGGAACAAUGAGAUGAAGAGUGCCUUGAAGAGAGGUGUUGGCUGGAUGCGAGUCUCCCAGAAUACCUGGAAAUAG